GGCAACUUCUCUAGAUCUUUCCACUUCUAUUAAUUCAAAUUGGACCAAAUUUAUAUGCUCAUCUUACCUUCCAGAGCAAGGAUCUGAAGAAUUCAGCACUGCAAAUGGAAGGCCUCAGUUUCUAUGUUGGAGUCAUAGGCAACAUCAUUUCUGUUCUAGUUUUCCUUUCUCCUAUAGGGACGUUUCAGAGAAUAGUGAAGAACAGAUCCACAGAAGAGUUUGAGAGCCUUCCUUACAUCUGCACUUUGCUCAACACUGCCCUUUGGACUUACUACGGCAUCAUCAAACCUGGUAGUUAUCUUGUUGCCACUGUCAAUGGUUUCGGUGUUCUGGUCGAAGCCAUAUAUGUUGUUCUAUUCCUUAUAUUUGCACCUGCAGAAUUGAAGGCAAAGACAGUGAUUCUUCUGGUGAUAUUGGAUGUUGGAUUUCUGGCAGCAGUAAUUCUGGCAACCCAUUUCUCAAUGCAUGGAGAUCUGCGGAUUGAUGUACUGGGAUUCAUAUGUGCAGGGUUAAAUAUAGUUAUGUAUGGUUCACCUCUUGUAGCCAUGAAAACAGUGGUGACGACGAAGAGCGUGGAGUACAUGCCUUUCUUUCUGUCUUUUUUCCUGUUCUUAAACGGUGGGAUUUGGGCAUUUUAUGCGUUGCUUGUUGGAGAUUACUUCCUUGGAGUACCAAACGGGACCGGAUUUUUACUUGGAACAGCACAGCUAGUGCUCUACGCGAUCUACAGAAAUCCCAAAGCAUCGAAGAAGAAGAGAUUAGAAGGGGUCGAGGAAGAAUGGCAACACCACCAACAUCUCAUUUCUCCUGCGGAUCGGAUUGAGAAUCCUUAA